AUGAGACCUCCUCCUGUCCUGACCUUCCUUUGCAUCCUGGUGGCUCUGGCCAGCGGGAACCUGGUCCAGUUUGGGAUGAUGAUCGAAAAGAUGACAGGGAAGCCAGCACUUCAGUACAACGACUAUGGCUGCUACUGUGGCCUUGGUGGCUCCAACUGGCCUGUGGACCCGACCGAUUGGUGCUGCCAGGCCCAUGACUGCUGCUACGGGCACGUGAAGAAGCUGGGCUGCGAACCCAAAAUGGAGAAGUAUCUCUUCUCUGCCAGCCACGAUUAUAUCAUCUGUGCCGGCAGGACCACCUGCCAGAGGCAGACCUGCGAGUGUGACAAGAAGGCUGCACUCUGCUUUCGCCGCAACCUGGACACCUUCGACCGCAAAUACGUCAAUUACCCCAACAAGCUGUGCACAGGGCCCACCCCACCCUGUCCCUCUCCUCCGCCCAGUCUCAGGCUGCUGUAG